AUGGUUUCCGAAAUAUCGCGAGCUGCUACUGCAGCAGCAGGAAGAGCGGCCGCACGCAUGCGCGCAGCCGCGGAAAGUGCCUCUCACGCCUCAGCAGCAGGCGAUUCGUCGCCUGUUGUCGUGAAUCCUCCACGUGGUGAGUCACCACGUGCGACAGGUAUAUCCGCUGCGUCUGCAGCGGGUACCGCGAAUCGUAAUCCGGAUGGGUCUAAAACAGAGCUCAUCUAUUCUGGCGAGUCGGAUGUUGUAUCCGACUCGAAGGCGACUCCUCACGCCUCCAGAUCACCCGGGGUGGACUCUGCAAGAGCCAGGUUGACUGGCUCUGGUCAACGUGGCGGUAUCAUGUCCGAGAUCUUCGGAUUGAGUGAUGAUUCCGACGAAUCAUGCCCCACGCAAGUCCUUUCAGCGAUAGGACGCGUGGAGAUGGUGGUGAUGCACCUAUACAUUACCACGAGCGAAACAACUCGAGGGAUCGGGGUAACACUGCUGCAAGUGCUCAUGCGGACACCAAUCAAGAGGCCAGGGACCGAAAUGUCCUGCACCAUGCUCCCUCAAGUGGAGUUUCCGUGGAUGCCGUCAUCCAUAGAGUUGGACCGGUUGGCUGGCACGACUACCGAACAGGACCGAAUCUUGUUGUUCGACUGUAGGAAGAUUUGCCCUCCUGAUUCUAGCACGGACUAUCUGUGCUGA